AUGACAAAAUUUGCAAACUUAUUGUCAGGAUGUCCUACAUUGAAGCUGAAACGUCAUUGGAAAUUAGGUCUUCAAUUUUAUCGUCGUAUUUUGGAAAUACUUGCCCCAUAUCUUCAGCAUUUGGAAAUUUCAGGAGGUCUUUACGAUCUCAGGUGUAUACUUUUUGAUGUGUCCUCCGUGGUUACUGCUAAGCUUACUUUCAACAUUCAGUGUAUCAAAGACAUCCUGGAUGAUCAUGGUCAGGAAUUUGAUCCUCAUGAAGACAGUUGUUACUAUCAUCAUUUCUUUAGUAUCCUUGUCUACAAUUAUCUUCUAGCGUUCCGUUAUGCAAAUGAGUUAACAAUUGGAACUUUGUUCACAGAGAUGUUGCGUAUUUCUUUUGUCAUAUCGGCAAAAGAUAUAUCUGAAAACCAUGAUUCUUUCUUGCCGUGGAGUAUUUCCAUUUUGUUGUUAUUGCUUUCUCCAUUCUUUAUAUUACUAGUUUCAUUGGGGUUAUUGCACCAGGUUCUGUGCAUGUUGCAGUUCCAAGGGACUCCGCUUCCAGAAUUGAAAUGCAAAUAUCUGACGCUAGAGUUGCAUGAGAAGAAGUUUAAUUUGUAUGGAGUAGCUGUCCUUCUGCGAGCAUCACCUCAUGUGGAGACACACAACAUAGAUAUAUCAAUUGAGGCACUCAACAAAGAUGUAUCAACAGAGCAACUUGAAGAUUCCCACUGCCACUUUGAGUUAACAUAUUUGGCCAAAGGAGAUGAUAGUGAUUUGCAAAGUUGGUUUUCAAGCUUUGCGUUUCCCAACCUCAAGAAUGUUAAGAUUGUUAACUCCUCUGGAGUGUGCUUUAAGGACCAUUUCAAACAGGGCCUUGACAAGCUUUUUAAACUUUCAGAAUUUCUGCUAAAGAAUGCAACAGUUUUGGAGAAGUUCGUGAUAUCAAAGAGAAUAAAGUGUGAGAUAUGUUCAAUGAACUGUGUGUCCACAUGUUUAUCUCAAUUGGCUGAGAAAUUGUUAGGUUGCCCAAGAUCCUCCACGAAUUGUGCGGUUAUCUACUAGGAGUGAGCUUUCCAUGACUAGACUGCAAGUAGUUUUCUAUGUUUAGGAUACAAGAGAUGUUACCUUGUAUUGAGUUUUUGAUAAAGUGUUCAUGCAAUUA